GUAAAAUAAAGGGUAACCGGAGUAUUUUUCUUUUUUUACUUCCUUUUGCAGCAUACACACACACACAAAAAAGCCAGCUCUGGUAGCGAACGGAUUUUGGGUUUAGCCUAAAAUAUCCCCUCUUUCAUCUCUGUUAUGCUCUCCGUACAGGGUUCAGUCAAGUUUUGCAAAGCCAAAAGAAGAUGAGAUCACGCCCUGUCUCUGUGGAGAAGGUGUCUUGACAACCGGUUAUUCUGAGGGGACUGCGAGAAAUUGCAGAUUUAAGAAAACCAGUAAAAAAAAGAGAGAGAGAAGCAAGGGAGACGAGUGGGGAAAUGGAGUUGCCAGCGUCUCCAGAAAAAUGCACAGAGAGUGAAAUCGGCAGUUGUCUUCCCAAAGAUUCUCCGCCCUUGAGUCAGCAAGGAGAAAACAAGCCCAAAAACUUCAUUAGGGGUAUCAGAGAAGUGCUGAGCUUCAGGGGAAACACAUCGAAACUGGCCAAAGAGAAAUUGCCUGAAGCUAAAAUGGAUGGAGAUAAAACAGAAAUAAGCGGGAGGAAUGGGAAAAUGGAGGUGCCAUCACAGCCGGAGUCUCCAGCGAAAAGUACGGAGAGUGAAGGUGUACAGUGUCCUCCUGAAGACUGUCCAUCCUUGCAUAAACAAGGAGAAACCGAGCCAAAAAGCUUCAUCAGGGGUAUCAGAGAAACACUGAGCACCAGGAAAAGAAAGUCUCAAAGUCUCAAAGAGAAAUUAAGUGACACUAACACGGAUGGACAUAGAACAGAAACAAGAGAGACUGAUGGGGAAAUGGAGCCGACAGCAGAACCAAAGUCUCCUGCAAAACACACGGACGGUGAAGAGGCAUCGAAAUCUGCCGAAGAGAAAUCUACUGAAGUCAACGUGGGUGAAGAUAAGGCAGAAAUAAGGGAGGCGGACGGGGAAAUGGAGCUGCCAUCCGAGCCAAGAUCUCUGGCAAAACAUACGGAGGGGAGUGAAGAUGGCAAGUGCCUUCUCAAAGAAAAGGAGCCCCAAAACAUCAAUAAGAUAAUAAGAAUGAGCUUGAGGAAAGGUAGAUCAAAAUCUCUCAAAGAGAAAUCGGUUGAACCUAAACUAGAUGAAACUAAAACAGAAAUAAGGGAGAAGGAGAAGGAGGAGAAAAUGGAACCUUCAGUGAACUACACAGAAGGAGAAGGUUAUCCGCACCUGAGUCAUCAAGGAGAAGACGAGCCAAAGAAAUUCAAACCAAUUCGGAGCUUGAGCCUGAUGGGAAGUGCAUCAAAACCUGUCAAAGAGCAAUCGGCUGAAGAAGCGGACCCCUCCUGGUCCAGCAAGUCUUUUUCAUUCUUAAAGAAAAAAAAGACCAGCCUUCCAAAGGAGAGUAAGGAGCCUGAAGAAGAAGAAGAAGAAGAAGACCAUGUUCAGAACGAACCACUGUCUGUUAUGCAGAUAAAUGAACUUACUAAAAACGGGCAACUUCUAGAAUCCUUCAAAAACAUCAAGGGUUUAGAAAGGGAGCUUCUGGCUGAAAUAGAUGCCAAGAAAUAUGAAGACAACCCCAAGGAAUGCAUUGUGAAGGCCAAGGACAUUGACUUGCUCUACGACUUGGUUUCUAAGGCCAUCCAGCGUAUCGUGGAGGAAACCCUGGAGCUUCCCAGGGUAGAUGCAAAGGCUUUAAACACUCUUGUGACUCUGAUCGCAGAGGAAGAAAAAGCCCAUGCUGGGGCUACAAGCAUCACUGCCCCAUCCGAGGCUGUGUCCAACCUUGGGUUAGCCAGGAACUGGAGGCAGCUUUGGGAAGACACUGUCAAGCGAAGUGUGGAAAUCAGGGUCUCAAAAGUGCCUGUGCCACUGAAGGAGGACAACACCUCUUGGCUGUCGAUACACUUAGGAUAUCUCAAAGAAGUCGUAAGAACAGAUUUGUUGACAAUCAAACACUGGGUACACAAAUGCUAUCCACCAGACUACAGUGUGGGCGAUGCAUACCUGAAAGCUUUCCACAAAGCCCUCUCUUUGCAUUUACAAAGCAUCCUGGAAGAAGAUGAGAGCCUGGGAUGCAAUCAAUUCUAUGCAGUACUCAACUGGGUCACUAAUAUAUAUCGCAGUGAAAAUCUCUUAGGAUGCCCAGAUCUUAAACCAGAAAUAAAAACUGAAGCUCUGCCGGAUUUGUUAACUUCAGAAGAUUUAGACAAACUGAAGAGCAACUACGUUAACUCUGUCCAGCAGGAAACCAAGAACUGCUUGGAGAAUAUUUUGAUGCUGGAGACCAAGGAAAAGUGGAAAGGACAGCCAGAUGAGCGAAAAAACCCAUACGAUUCGUCGCUGUCCUACGAUAUUCAAACGCUCGCCAAACAACACAGAAAGGUAGCCGGCUGCAUUUGCGAAAAAGUGGAAGACGCCGUUCUCAAAGGUAUCGUGAAAGAAGUGACAGAAUUCCUACCACGCUUUGGGAAAGCAUUUUUGGACCAAGCGAAAGAUCACCCCCACUUUCUGAUGUUCAUGAUGGCCUACCUUAACAGCUUCCAGGACUUGAGGAUGAACUUGCAAGCGACUUUUCACAUCAACUGCGAAGAACUGGAGAAGACCCUAGCUGGUCUGAUGCUGAGAUACAGAAAAUGCUUUUUAAAUAAAUUAAAGCUGGAAACACAGCCAAUGUUCAAGAAAAUUCUAAGCCAGGCCUGGGUCGUAAGUGGCGGAACUUUCGAUUCGUUCAUCAUAAAAAUAUUGUCCAUCAUUGAGGAGUCUUCGGAACAUCUAAAGCAUCUGCAGGAACCCAUCUGCAAGGAUUUUCUCAACGAGGUUCACAAGGAUGUGGUCAAAGAGUACAUUACGCGAACUCUCAAGCCAAGAGGCAGAAUGAGGAAAACGAAACGAGACGAGGUCAGCAAAAUAAUGUCUCAGGAUGCCACAGCUAUUAACAACACAAUGCAGCAUCUGGGUUCAACUUCUGACUGGCUUGCUCCUGCCAUAGAAUACAUUGCUAGAAUAAUUGGUGAGGAAGAAAAACCCAGAAUCAAGGACCACAUUAACUGUUUAUACCAGGAUUAUCCAGACAUCAGAAAGGAGCACAUUGUCGCUGUUCUUGCUCUUCGAGGAUUGAGUCGAAAUAAGAGGCAAGCGAUAGCUGACCACAUGAAGCAGCCAUCAGAAGAGUCAGGACACAGGACGCUCUUUGCUGAAAUAGAAGUCCCAAGAACCACCCAGUGCUUUUUUUAAAAUCUGCAGAAAUGAAAUGUUGAGCUAUGCUUGUUUCCAUGUAUUUAUGAACAUACAAGCACUUGAACAGAGUCAGGCCAUUUGUCAAUCUCUCUGUGGAUCUCCACAUCUUGCUCCUUAAUGAUCCUUUUAGCAGGAGAUGCCUGGGAUGAGUCUCAGAAGGUUAGAUACUUGCUAAAAAUGGACACUACUUAAAAAUCGAAAGCGUAAUGCUGGUGGUCAACAAAAGUGGUCUAAAGAAUCUCUCAAGGCAAAUCUAAAAAAAAUGCAGUAGAAACACUCACAACUAGAAAACACUGGCCUGUGAGCGCUCCAAUUGGAGAACAGCCUUUACCAAAGGUGUCAUGGACUUUGAAGAUGCUCAAACUGAGGAUGAAAGGGACAAAUGUGCUAAGCGGAAAGCACAUUUGGCAAACCCUCACCGUGAUAAAUUCCUGCCCGGAAACCUAUGUCCCCACUAUGGAAGGACAUGUGGAUCCAGAAUUGGCGUCCACAGUCACAGACUCACUGUUAAGACUGUGUUCGUGGAAGACAAUCUUACUCAGCUACGAGUGAUCUCCAAAGAAGAAGAAGAAGAAGACUACUUCUGAGCUAUAGUCUCUCUCCAAUUUAAUAAUGAGAAGGUCUUCUCUCCUUGCCAUAUUUAUAGAUGUGUUUGCCUGUCCUCUCUCAGGUGUGGGAAACCUCUAGCCCACAAGUCAACUUCUUCCCCGCAGGGGUCCCAGUUUAGCACACCAGAUCAUUCCCUGCAAACCACAGAUGCCUACCCUACACCUGGUGCCCUGUGUGGGGCAGGUGGCUGUGGUUUCAAAGGCACAACUGGGAGGUUAAAAUGAGCUUCCUAUUACUCCUUUGCUAGAGAAAAGCACAUUCCCAGCGCACAACAGAUAAUUCUUAAUUUUAGAAGGGUUUUUAGAAAAGCGGGAGUGCCUUCAAAUAUGCCCAUCAAUCAUGUCAGGUGACUGAAAGAUGGGUGACCUCACCCAUCUCUCAGAUUUGAUCCCUGGAAUACUCUCCCCAGGGAAGUUCACCUGGCACCUUCAUUACACACCUUUCGGAGUCUGGUGAAAACUAACUUCCUAUAUCUAUUUAAAUGUGUUUGAGGGAGGCGGGGGGUUAUUGGUUUGUUUUGGUCUUGUUUUUAUUCUGUAGUUUGUGCUUUUAUCUUGUAUUUUUUUUAUGCUGUGAACAGCCCUGAGAUAUAUGGAUUAAGGAAGUACAAAUUUAAUUAAUUAAUUAAUUAAUUAAAGGAGGAGACACGAUAUGGGGAACUCGACUAAAAACAUAGCCCCGCUCCCAAGAAACCAUGGCUGCACCCGACACGUGAAUAGAAUUAAUAUGACACUGACAUUCCCCAAAAGAAAACAAAGAAGAUCUGUUGGCGACCAGCUGUCACAUGUCAAACACCACAACAGACCUUCUCAUCACCUGAUUUUCUUCCUGAUACCAUACUUUUCAGAAGAGGAAGUUCAGUCAGUUUUUCUGAAUAGUUCAGUCAAGUGAUAUGAAUCUUACCUCUCACCUCAGAGCGAAUGUAAAGCGGGCCUAAUAACAUCAGCAUUCAAAUGUGUUUGUUUUGUUUUGUUUUUGUUUCCCACUCCUCCUUUCUUUUUUUCCUUUCCCCCCCUUUCCCCCCCUUUUUCUUCUUCCUUUUUCCUUUUUUUGUGCCUCCUUUCUUGGUCUUUCUCUUUUUGAUGUGUUAAGAAGGAGAUAAAGAGAUAAAAGUGUAACAUGAAAACUUCAGUAAGUCAAAAG